AUGAACGUGAUAUCGUCGGGUCAACCAACUUACUGGCCAACAGACAAAAGAAAAAUCCCAGAUGUUAUAGAUUUUUGUGUCAGUAAAGGAAUCGCUAAGAACAUCAUAUCGUGCCAGAGUUGCUGGGACUUAUCUUCAGAUCACUCUCCAAUCAUAGUAGAACUACAUACCACCACCCAAGAACGCGCCAGAAAAUGUGUUCUGCAAAACAAUAGAACUAACUGGUCUCUAUUUCGUGAGCUCACAGACAAAGCAUUCCAAGAAUCAGUUAGCCUGAAAUCGGAAGACGAAAUAACGGAAGCGGUGCUAUACUUCAACAAGAGUGUGCAAGAUGCAGCUUGGUUAUCGACCCCACCACUACCAUCUAGAAACCUGGAUACCCAUGUACCGAAACACAUAUUCGAUAAAAUAAUCAAAAAAAGGAGGAUACGAAAACCCUGGCAAACAACCAGAGACCUUGUGGCGAAAAAACAACUCAAUCACGCCAAUAGACAGCUAAAACACAUCCUAGAGAAAGAUCGUAAUGACGGAUUUCAUAAUUACCUCACCGACCUGGAUACUACUGCUUCCUCGGACUACUCUUUGUGGAAAGCCACCAGAAGACUAAAACUGCCUGUCAACGUCUCUCCUCCUAUAAGAAAACCAGAUGGUACCUGGGCACGGACAGACCAGGAGAAAACCAGAACCUUCUCAGAAGACCUCUCCAACGUCUUUACCCCUCACCCAUAUGACGGUUCACCAGAAGAUGCAGCAGAAAUUACUAACCACUCAAAUAACCCAAAAGAUACGCAGGAAAUGCCUCUUAAAUUUACAAAAACAGAAUUUGCUCGAAUAAUUAGAAAAUCAAACGAAAAAAAGACUCCAGGAUACGACCUCAUUACAAACCGAAUAUUACAAGAACUACCUGAAUCUGGCAUAACUUUUCUUACUUCACUAUUUAAUGCCAUGACCAUACAUACAUAA